UCAGAGUGGCACCCUGGGUGGGCGAAGGGCCCAGUGACGGAUGAGGACCGGGACAGCCGGCUGAGGGAGCAUUUGGUCCACCAGUGGGGAUCGGAGGAGGAGAGUAUGGAUGAAAGGGAGGCGGCAGCCCAGGAGAACCAGGAGUCCAGGGCGUGGGGCGCCCCGGUAGAACUGGACCUGGGAAGCCUGUUGGGAAUGGAGCAGGCCCGCCCCGAAGAGGGGCAGGAGGCGGCGGGUCGAGAGAUGGGCCCUGAGGAGGGCAGGGAGGCGGCAGGUCCCCAGGAGGGCCGGGAAGUGGGCCCUGAGGAGGGCCGGGAGGCUGAGGAGCCGGGGCUCCGGGCCGCAGACAGCCAGAGGGGAGAAGAGGGGGCCGGCGUCGAGCCAGCCAGGCCCGGGGGCGGGCAGACGGCGGUCCCCGAGGGUGGGGCGCCCGCGGGGCCCGGGGGAGAGAGGCGGAGAGAGAGGCGGGGAAAGCGGCUGAAAGGCAAGCGUAGCAGGGACUCGAGCCAGCGCCGGGAGGAGAAGGUCCAGGACAGGCACCAGAACCGGUACUUGCUGAAGUACUGGGAGAACGCCCAAGAGAGGUACCGGGAGAGAGUAGGGCAGCGCAGGGCCAAGGUCGGGGAGCAGGUGGAGAGAAACAGGGUCGAGUGGAAGGACCAGCAGGACAAGAAUUCCACCUUCCGGAGGAGAUCAGGGAGGGCGGGGACCGAGGAGGAAGACGAGGAGCACUCCACAGCUGACACGUGCACGAUCCAGCGGCCCACGAUCAGAUUCAGUCUCUGCCCCAGAUCUCCACCACGCGCAGGCAUCAGUGUCAUUAACGAGCUGGCGAAGAUGGGCGACCCGAAUCUCCUGGAAAUGGUGGUGGAGGAAGGGAAAAGAACCACUAGAGAGAUAAGCAGUGUUUUCUACAUGAAUGAGAUCCAGAGCCACACAGAGUCCAGCUAUCUCCUUGGAGAAGAAAUAAUGCCUGCAAAGAGAUACAAUUUGUUCCUGAGGCGGCGUCUGAUGUUUCCAAAACAUCAACAAAGCAAAGAUUCUAUCUUCUUCCGAGAUGGGAUCAGGCAAAUUGAUUUUGUACUUUCCUAUGUUGAUGACAUAAGGAAAGACUCAGAGAUAAAGGCAGAAAGAAGAAGAGAGUUUGAAGCAAAUCUCAGAAAAACAGGUCUUGAGUUGGAAACUGAAGACAAAAGGGACUCUGAAGAUGGAAGAACUUAUUUUGUCAAGAUUCAUGCCCCUUGGGAGGUAUUAGUUACUUACGCUGAAGUGUUGGGAAUCAAAAUGCCCAUUCAGGAGAGUGAUAUUCCUCGAACUGAGCACACUCCCCUAAGCUAUAUGCUUGGGCCUUUGAAACUCCCAGAGCAUGUUAAGUAUCCUCAGCCGGAAUAUUUCACUGCCCAAUUCAACAGACAUCGGCAGGAGCUCUUCCUCAUUGAUGAUCCAUCAACCUUCUUUCCAUCCUCCUCAAGAAACAGAAUUGUAUACUAUAUUCUCUCAAGGUGUCCUUUUGCUGUAGAGGAUGGUAAGAAAAAGUUUGGGAUUGAAAGACUACUAAACUCUAACACUUACUCAUCUGCCUACCCACUCCACGAUGGCCAAUAUUGGAAGCCAUCAGAACCUCCUAAUCCUGUCAAUGAAAGGUACAUACUUCACCAGAAUUGGGCUCGAUUUUCCUAUUUUUAUAAGGAGCAGCCUUUUGAUUUGAUUAGGAAUUAUUUUGGAGAAAAAAUUGCCAUCUAUUUUGUUUUUCUUGGAUUUUACACAGAAAUGCUGUUCUUUGCUGCUGUAGUUGGCUUAGCUUGUUUUAUUUAUGGUUUACUAUCAAUGGAACGUAACAGAAGCAGCGUGGAAACCUGUGACCCUGAUAUUGGAGGUCAGAUGAUCAUGUGUCCACUCUGUGAUUCAGUGUGCGAUUAUUGGAGACUAAAUAGUACCUGUUUAGCUUCAAAGUUGUCCCAUUUGUUUGAUAAUGAAUCAACAGUGUUCUUUGCAGUAUUCAUGGGAAUUUGGGUCACAUUAUUUUUGGAGUUUUGGAAACAGCGACAAGCCAGACUGGAAUAUGAGUGGGACAUGGUGGAUUUUGAAGAGGAACAGCAGCAGCUUCAGCUAAGACCUGAGUUUGAAGCUAUGUGUAAACAGAGGAAAAUGAAUCCAGUGACUAAGGAGAUGGAACCUUACAUGCCUCUAUGUGCUCGUAUUCCAUGGUACUUUUGUUCAGGAGUCACAGUGGUAUUAUGGAUGGCUCUUGUUAUCUCCAGCAUGGUAGCUGUAAUUGUGUACCGCCUGUCAGUCUUUGCUACAUUUGCUAGCUUCAUGGAAAAGGAUUCAUCCUUAAAGCAAGUCAAAAGUUUCCUUACUCCCCAUAUAGCCACAUCAAUCACAGGAUCAUGCUUGAACUUUAUUGUCAUCUUGAUCUUGAAUUUCUUUUAUGAAAAGAUAUCUGCCUGGAUUACAAAAAUGGAAAUUCCUCGAACUUACCAGGAGUACGAGAGCAGUCUUACCUUGAAAAUGUUCCUGUUUCAGUUUGUAAAUUAUUACUCAUCCUGCUUCUACGUAGCUUUCUUUAAAGGGAAGUUGGUGGGCUAUCCUGGAAAAUACACAUAUUUGUUUGAUGUGUGGAGAAGUGAAGAGUGUGAUCCUGGAGGCUGUCUAAUAGAAUUAACAACCCAGAUGGCCAUCAUAACGAUUGGGAAACAGAUUUUUGGAAACCUUAAAGAAGCCGUUUAUCCGUUGGUUUUGAAUUGGUGGAAACGCCGAAAAGCUCGGACCAACUCUGAGAAACUAUACAGUCGAUGGGAGCAGGAUCAUGACCUUGAAUAUUUUGGACCCCUUGAGCUAUUCUAUGAAUACUUAGAAACAGUUACUCAAUUUGGAUUUGUUACACUAUUUGUGGCCUCUUUUCCUUUGGCUCCUCUUUUUGCUCUCAUAAAUAAUAUUGUAGAGAUUCGAGUGGAUGCCUGGAAACUUACUACUCAGUACAGGAGAACUAUAGCUUCCAAAGCUCAUAGCAUAGGUGUUUGGCAAGACAUUCUUUAUGGAAUGGCUGUACUUUCAGUUGCAACUAAUGCUUUUAUUGUUGCAUUUACAUCGGACAUGAUUCCUCGCUUAGUUUACUUCUAUGCCUACUCAACAAAUGCCAAGUACCCUAUGAAAGGAUAUGUGAAUAACAGCCUGUCAGUAUUCCUGAUAGCUGAUUUUCCAAAUGCUAUUGUACCUCCGGAAAAAGUAGACUUCACCACUUGCAGGUACAGAGAUUACAGACAUCCUCCUGAUCAUGAGAAGAAAUAUUAUCAUAAUAUGCAAUUCUGGCAUGUCCUUGCUGGUAGGAUGACCUUCAUCAUAGUUAUAGAACACAUUGUGUUUUUAGUUAAAUUUCUGUUGGCCUGGAUGAUACCUGAUGUUCCAAAAGAUGUUGCGGAUAGAAUCAAGCGAGAAAAGUUAAUGACUAUCAAGAUUCUCCAUGACUUUGAGCUCAAAAAAUUAAAAGAGAACUUGGGACUUAAUUCUAAAGAAUUUUCCCAGCAUUUCAUGAUUGAGGAAAGCAAAGUAAAUCUGGCUAGAUCAACAACCUAAUCCGCAUAACCAGGUAGCAGCUGGUUGUCUGUAUCACUUCACUUUUUCCCCUGGGUUCCAAGCCAGAAGCCAGAAGCCA